AUGAGGGCGACGGGCUUCUGGCGGCGCGUCGCGGCGUACGACGACGAGCGCCCCUCGACGCUGUCGGCCGCGGCCGUGUCGCUGGCGCAGCGCGUCUACUUCAACCUGAACGUCGUCACCAACGUGGUCUUCCUGGGGGCCAAGCUGAUGCACUCGGCCCUGGACACGGACAGCAUCCGCAACGUGACGGAGAACCUGAGCGACGUGCUGUGCAUCGCCUUCAGCCUGCUGCAGCUGCUCGUGCUCUACGAGACGGAGGACCGGCUCAAGGCCCUGCUGCGCAGGGGUUUUGGUCGCUUCUACCUGUCUUCUGGCCCACUGUACGACGAAACGAUUCUUACGAGUACAGCCCCGUCGCUGUGUCUCUCUCGCACCCCAUGGUUCGAGGGAGACACACCGACCGGCCUGCUUCGCGUUCUGCAGGCGGAGACGCUGGCCGACGGCGGCUGGAGCGCAGAGGAGAGGGCGCGGGUGGAGGCGUGCGUCGUGCAGGGCGUCAAGCACCACCAGGCCGUCAUCAGCCUCGCCGAAGAGCUCUGCCAGGUCCUGGCGCCCUUCCUCACGGUGCAGCUCAGCACCAUCGUCUUCUUGAUCUGCGUCGCCCUCUUCCAAGUCUCGAUAAACCCGGCCGACGCGGGCAACGUGCGCUUCAUCAUGCUGGCCACGACCGUCGUCAUCGAGGCCUUCAUCUUGUGCUGGAUGGGCACCGGGCUGAGCGACGAGGCGACCGAGGUGCAGACGGGGCUGGAGUGCGGCGACUGGUACCUGCAGGGGGCGGCCGUGGCCUACACCGUCAAGUUCGCGCUGAUGCGCGCGCAGAAGCCCCCGCACGUCGUGGUGGCCAACAACGCCCUCCUGGGCCUACCGCUCUUCCUGGAGUUGAUUCGAUCGUCGUACUCUCUCCUCGCGUUCCUGCAAAAGAGAGCGACGUCUACUACCGAAGUGGAAUGA